UUGCUUGGUCCUGCUAUUACUCUAUGGAGUAUAUUAGCAUUGCUUGGUCCUGGUAUUACUCUAUGGAGUAUAUUAGCAUUGCUUGGUCCUACUAUAACUCUAUGGAGUAUAUUAGCAUUGCUUGGUCCUGCUAUUACUCUAUGGAGUAUAUUAGCAUUGCUUGGUCCUGAUAUUACUCUAUGGAAUAUAUUAGCAUUGCUUGGUCCUGGUAUUACUCUAUGGAGUAUAUUAGCAUUGCUUGGUCCUGGUAUUACUCUAUGGAGUAUAUUAGCAUUGCUUGGUCCUGCUAUUACUCUAUGGAGUAUAUUAGCAUUGCUUGGUCCUGGUAUUACUCUAUGGAGUAUAUUAGCAUUGCUUGGUCCUGGUAUUACUCUAUGGAGUAUAUUAGCAUUGCUUGGUCCUGGUAUUACUCUAUGGAAUAUAUUAGCAUUGCUUGGUCAUGGUAUUACUCUAUGGAGUAUAUUAGCAUUGCUUGGUCCUGGUAUUACUCUAUGGAGUAUAUUAGCAUUGCUUGGUCCUGGUAUUACUCUAUGGAGUAUAUUAGCAUUGCUUGGUCCUGGUAUUACUCUAUGGAAUAUAUUAGCAUUGCUUGGUCCUGCUAUUAUUCUUUGGAGUAUAUUAGCAUUGCUUGGUCCUGGUAUUACUCUAUGGAGUAUAUUAGCAUUGCUUGGUCCUACUAUAACUCUAUGGAGUAUAUUAGCAUUGCUUGGUCCUGCUAUUACUCUAUGGAGUAUAUUAGCAUUGCUUGGUCCUGAUAUUACUCUAUGGAGUAUAUUAGCAUUGCUUGGUCCUGGUAUUACUCUAUGGAGUAUAUUAGCAUUGCUUGGUCCUGGUAUUACUCUAUGGAGUAUAUUAGCAUUGCUUGGUCCUGCUAUUACUCUAUGGAGUAUAUUAGCAUUGCUUGGUCCUGGUAUUACUCUAUGGAGUAUAUUAGCAUUGCUUGGUCCUGGUAUUACUCUAUGGAGUAUAUUAGCAUUGCUUGGUCCUGGUAUUACUCUAUGGAAUAUAUUAGCAUUGCUUGGUCCUGGUAUUACUCUAUGGAGUAUAUUAGCAUUGCUUGGUCCUGGUAUUACUCUAUGGAAUAUAUUAGCAUUGCUUGGUCCUGGUAUUACUCUAUGGAGUAUAUUAGCAUUGCUUGGUCCUGGUAUUACUCUAUGGAGUAUAUUAGCAUUGCUUGGUCCUGCUAUUACUCUAUGGUGUAUAUUAGCAUUGCUUGGUCCUGGUAUUACUCUAUGGAGUAUAUUAGCAUUGCUUGGUCCUCCUAUUACUCUAUGGAGUAUAUUAGCAUUGCUUGGUCCUGGUAUUACUCUAUGGAGUAUAUUAGCAUUGCUUGGUCCUGGUAUUACUCUAUGGAAUAUAUUAGCAUUGCUUGGUUCUGCUAUUACUCUAUGGAAUAUAUUAGCAUUGCUUGGUUCUGCUAUUACUCUAUGGAGUAUAUUAGCAUUGCUUGGUCCUGGUAUUACUCUAUGGAGUAUAUUAGCAUUGCUUGGGCCUGGUAUUACUCUAUGGAAUAUAUUAGCAUUGCUUGGUCCUGGUAUUACUCUAUGGAGUAUAUUAGCAUUGCUUGGUCCUGCUAUUACUCUAUGGAGUAUAUUAGCAUUGCUUGGUCCUGGUAUUACUCUAUGGAAUAUAUUAGCAUUGCUUGGUCCUGGUAUUACUCUAUGGAAUAUAUUAGCAUUGCUUGGUCCUGGUAUUACUCUAUGGAAUAUAUUAGCAUUGCUUGGUCCUGGUAUUACUCUAUGGAAUAUAUUAGCAUUGCUUGGUCCUGGUAUUACUCUAUGGAAUAUAUUAGCAUUGCUUGGUCCUGGUAUUACUCUAUGGAGUAUAUUAGCAUUGCUUGGUCCUGCUAUUACUCUAUGGAGUAUAUUAGCAUUGCUUGGUCCUGGUAUUACUCUAUGGAGUAUAUUAGCAUUGCUUGGUCCUGCUAUUACUUUAUGGAGUAUAUUAGCAUUGCUUGGUCCUGGUAUUACUCUAUGGAGUAUAUUAGCAUUGCUUGGUCAUGGUAUUACUCUAUGGAGUAUAUUAGCAUUGCUUGGUCCUGGUAUUACUCUAUGGAGUAUAUUAGCAUUGCUUGGUCCUGGUAUUACUCUAUGGAGUAUAUUAGCAUUGCUUGGUCCUGCUAUUACUCUAUGGAGUAUAUUAGCAUUGCUUGGUCCUGGUAUUACUCUAUAG